UUGGUAUAGUAGUUUUUCUUCAGAACACUUUCGCCAAAGAUGCUUCCACCUCCACCUCCACCUCCACCUCCACCUUCAACCUCAACCUCAACCUCAACCCCACCCCCACCCCCACCCCCACCUCGAAAGGAAACAACUUCAAUAUCUCUCGACCAAAUUGUGAUAUCAAAGCAAGCCGUGAAUCAACAAAACCGAGCACCAAACAAGCCAAAUCCAUACGAGAAAAUAUCAAUAAACCCACCAAGAUUCAACAAGCCUCAGCCUCGCCGGACCAACCCGUUUAUAUGGUGUACUUCGAUUCUCUGUCUCAUAUUUAGCAUUAUUCUCAUCUUCUUUGGAGUAGCAACUUUGAUCAUCUUUAUUGCCAUUAAACCACGAAACCCGUCAUUUGAUAUUCCUAACGCAAACCUCAACACUAUCUAUUUCGACUCACCAGAAUAUUUCAAUGGGGACUUCACUUUCCUGGCAAAUUUCUCUAACCCAAACCGGAAAAUCGAUGUAAGGUUCGAAUAUUUGGAGAUAGAGCUUUUCUUUUCUGACAGGCUCAUAGCAGCUCAAGCUGUUCAGCCUUUCACUCAAAGACGAGGCGAAACGAGGUUGGAAUCAGUUCACUUCAUAUCCAGCUUAGUAUUUUUGCCCCAGAAUCUUGCAGUGGAACUUCAAAAGCAGGUUCAGAGCAACAAAGUCAGCUACAGCGUGAGAGGAACUUACAGAGUGAAAGCCACUCUUGGUCUGAUUCAUUUUUCUUAUUGGUUGCAUAGCAGAUGUCAAGUAGAGAUGACUGGUCCGCCAACCGGCGUUCUACUUGCCCGAAGCUGCAAAACAAAGCGAUGAAGAAACAGAGCAUAGUUCUGGUCUACUUUCUUCCACCACCGUUCUUUUAUUUUUUAUUUUUUACUGUUUUUUUGGGUUUCUUCCCCCUCUGCUUGAAGUGAGAUCUAAGUAGCAAUUUUGGUAAUAUUACCUAAACAACAAUUUUCUAGUCAAACAGAAAAAAUUGAAAUUCUAUGGGUAGUAAGAAU